UGGUGUGAACGCGUGAGAAUCAGGAAGAGAGUCGUUUUCAAGUGAUUCAUACCCAGAUGUAGCAGCAGUAAUAAUGAAUGGGGUCUGACUGAUAGACGGCUUUAUAUCAAUGAUAAGAGCCGAGUCUUUAGCGGGUGACAGUCGGGAUUUUUUCCUUUGAAAUGUUUCGUCAUUCGCUCGAGGAUCACGACUGCUGAGAGAUGCUACAGAAACCAUGAAAAGAGGACUCAUCCACCCAGUAACGAACAGCUGAGACAAAGGCACACCUGAACAGGAGGUGUCAUCUAUUGUUUAUACUCUGGUGCUGGAGUUGGUUAAACGACGGGCAGUGCCAUGCCCCAGGCGUAAGUGUGUGUCCUCCGGCAGACUCAGGCGUGGUGGUGGACCCCGGGUGGGCGUCUGGCUGUGGGAGGUGAUGAAGCUAAAGCAGCGUGUGGUGGUGCUGUGCGCUGUGCUCUUUCUCCUCGGCUUGGCUAAGGUUUUUCUUCUGGAUGGGGGUGAGGGAUCGGUCGCCAGCCGGCGUGACCUCCGCGCCUUCCGCAAGAUGGAGGCCAGCAUGGCCCUGGCCAAAGGAGCUCGCCUCACGCACACCUUGCAGUCACCCUGGGAAGUGGCCGCGCAGUGGGUGGGUCCACGAGAGGUGUACCCUGACGAAACACCCGAGCUAGCAGCGGUGUUGAACUCCCUGGCCACAGCCCGGGUGGAGAGAGCAGACGUGGGCUAUAAAGGCACCCAGCUAAAAGCCCUGCUGGUGCUCGAUGGAGGACAGAAAGUGGUAUUUAAACCUAAGAGGUACAAUAGGGACUAUGUGGUCGAGGGAGAGCCGUAUGCAGGGUACGAUCGGCAUAAUGCAGAAAUUGCUGCUUUUCACCUUGACAGGAUCCUGGGUUUUAGGAGAGCGCCCCUGGUGGUGGGAAGGUUUAUAAAUCUGCGUACAGAAAUAAAGCCAGUAGCCACUGACCAGCUAAUAAGCACCUUUCUCAUGCACGGAAAUAAUACAUGUUUCUAUGGUAAAUGUUAUUACUGUCGUGAGACUGAGCCUGCUUGUGCAGAAGGGGAUGUGAUGGAGGGAUCGCUUACUCUGUGGCUGCCUGACGUCUGGCCCCUGCAGAAACACAGACACCCAUGGGGACGCACAUACAGAGAGGGCAAACUUGCCAGGUGGGAGUAUGAUGAAAGUUACUGCGAGGCUGUGAAGAAAAUGCCUCCUUAUGAUUCUGGUCCACGGCUCCUGGAUGUCAUCGACACGGCCAUCUUUGAUUACCUUAUCGGAAAUGCUGAUCGGCAUCACUAUGAGAGUUUCCAAGAUGAUAAUGGAGCCAGCAUGUUGAUCCUGUUGGAUAAUGCUAAAAGUUUUGGGAACCCAGCUUUGGAUGAAAGGAGUAUCCUCGCCCCGCUUUAUCAAUGCUGCAUGGUUCGUGUCUCUACUUGGAACAGACUGAACCUAUUGAAAGGUGGAGUUUUGAGUUCAGCGAUGCAACAAGCCACAGCCCACGAUCCCACCUUUCCUGUGCUUGCGGGCCCACACCUCGCUGCACUCGACCGGCGUCUCAACGGGGUGUUGGCUACGGUGCGGCAGUGCAUAGAGACGCAGGGUGCGGACAACACGCUGAUUGAGGACCGCAUGAAUCUGCCUCAUCCUUGAAGACACUGGAGACCACUGGUAGAGCAAGGAAAGUGAAAAUGCGUUUGCUUUGACUCUGGAUGCACAGGCUCUUUCACGUUCACUACCUGUUAUGGACCUGGUGGCCACAAGAAGCUUAAGGAGAUGACCUGAAGGAGAACAGGGAGCCGUUUGUUUUUCCACUGGAUUCAUUCAGUUCAGACCGCAAAGGCAAAGAUCUUUAUCUGAAUAGAGUAAGGUGGCCUUUACUGUAACUGCUCUGUUUUACUGUAUUUGUUACAGUUCGUUCUUCCCGUAUAUGUUUAUUAUUUAGAAAACGACUGGAGGAUUAAUUUCCAAUAAUUCUUGGAGUUAGAUAUUUGGGCUAACAUGAAGAGAGGUGACAUUGACAGACUUUACAUCUCUCCACCCAGACUAUACAUACAGAAGAAGCUUUUGAAUAAUACUGAGUAAUAAUAUUAUUGAUUUAAAGAUAAAUAAGUGAAAUGAUGAUUGAUUCGCUGCUCUGUAUGCAGUUGCAGUAUGAAUAAAGUAUUGUACAGAACUGGCAGGAUUUUGCUACAGAUGUUCCGAGAAUAUGGUGAAGACGACACAGCAAUGUAAGGUUGCUGUGAGAAAUUUUCAGCAUUAAAAUUAAUAUUUAAAAGCUU